AUGAGUAAUUCUACCUUUGUUCUUGAUAACGGUGCCUACAUCGCAAAAGUUGGGUUAGCUUCUGACAAUGUCAAGUAAGUUACAAUGAUCGCAAUACAAUGAAAUUAAAAAAAGAAAAGUGUGAAUUUGUCAGCAAUUAACUCUUUCUGUUUUAGAUUAGUGCCAAAUUGCAUAAUGAAAGCGAAAAGCGAACGGCGGAGACCUUUUGUAGGAAAUCAAAUCGAAGAAUGUCGAGAUGCCUCUGGCCUGUUCUACAUCCUGCCGUUUCAAAAGGGAUAUCUCGUCAACUGGGACGUUCAGAAGACCGUCUGGGAUUAUAUGUUCUCUAAAGAAUGUUGCCUGGUAAACUUGAGUCAGCUUUCUCUAAUUGUAACCGAGCCUCUGUUUAAUUUCUCAACCGUUCAAGAAGCUAUGACAGAAAUAUUUUUCGAAGAGUACGAAUGUCAAAGUCUUUUGAGAAUCAAUGGCUCUACUCUCUCUUGUUAUCAAUAUAAGGUAGAGAAUCCUAAUGCAAAGUGUUGUAUUGUAGUUGAUAGCGGUUAUAGUUUUACACACAUAGUACCAUAUGUAAACGACACCAAAAUUAAAGAAGGUAUAAGACGUAUUGACGUGGGUGGAAAACUUCUAACAAAUCAUCUCAAAGAAAUUAUAUCCUAUCGUCAGCUUCACGUGAUGGAUGAAACCUACGUAAUAAAUCAAGUGAAGGAGGAUUCGUGUUUUGUUUCUCAAGAAUUUUUUAAGGACAUGGAAAUGGCCAAGAACAAGUUAGAAAAUAAUUCCAUCGUCAAAGAUUACGUUUUACCGGAUUACACGACGUUGAGGCGUGGUUUUCUCAAAAAUCCAGAACCUCCUAAUGAACAACAGACACUACGUUUGAGCAACGAAAGAUUUGCCAUACCUGAAAUUUUGUUCUUUCCCUCGGACGUUGGUAUUCGUCAGAUGGGUAUUCCAGAAGCAAUUAUGGAUUGCUUGAAAGCAUGCGACGAAGAGACGUGGCCGCAUCUUUUAUCCAAUAUUAUUCUCACUGGUGGUAACGCGAAAUUUCCUGGAUUUCGAGAAAGAAUUUACAAAGAAGUAAGAAGCUUAGCACCUGCGGAAUAUAGGAUAAACGUGCAUUUGCCGGAAAAUCCAAUCACAUACGCAUGGCAUGGAGGUAAAACACUAUCAAAAGAUCCAGGAUUUUCAAAUCUUCUAGUAACUAGAGAGGACUAUGAGGAAGAGGGUCAGAAUCUUUGUUUCGAACGUUUCGAUGUCUGA